AUGUCUCGACGUGCGACUCCUUCCCAGGCUGCCCAGAACCAGCAGAUAAUCAAGAACCUGCUGAAAAUCGAGUGCAAUAAGAUAUGUGCUGAUUGCAAGCGCAACAAGCAUCCGCGAUGGGCCUCAUGGAAUUUGGGAAUCUUCAUAUGUAUCCGUUGCUCGGGCAUCCAUAGGGGGAUGGGCACCCAUAUCAGCCGGGUGAAGUCUGUGGAUCUCGAUUCGUGGACCGAUGAACAACUCCAGAGUGUGAUCCGAUGGGGCAAUGCUAGAGCGAACAAAUACUGGGAAGCCAAACUGGCGCCUGGUCACGUCCCCUCGGAAGCUAAGAUCGAGAACUUCAUUCGCACCAAAUAUGAAUCGAAGCGAUGGGUUAUGGAUGGGCCAAUGCCCGACCCGGCAACGUUGGAUGUGGGUGACGACAACGUGCCUCUUGCAGUCGUCCAGGAAAAGGCAAAGAUCGAGCGUUCGUCCUCUCAACGAGUAGCAAAUGCUAGCCAACCUCCGAUCACACACCGGCCCCAAGCAUCUAUUGACUUCUUCGGUGAUGACGAGCCAAUUACUCCGCCGGUUCGCCCUAGCACCACAGAUCCCACCCCGCGGAUCGCUGCGCCCAGGCAACAGUCGCAAUCACAGCCUGCCGCAAAGCCGGCUCGACCGGGUGAUUCGUUGCUCGGACUCGAUUUCUUCGGAAGCGCUCAGCCCGCUACCACCAACCGUCCAGCCAGCACCGCAUCUACCCCUGGUGGCUCGGCCGGAAUGUCUCGACCUGAUCUGAAACAAUCAAUCCUGUCUCUUUAUUCCAAGCCCCAGCCUCCCGCGCAACAUGAGCGCCAGUCUUCGUUUGGGGAUUUAGCAUCUCCGGCUCCGCAAUCGGCGUCUUCCAACUUGGGCGGUCUGACCGAUGCCUUCAGCGGACUGAGCUUCCCUUCGACUACUUCUCCGCCGCCUUCCAAGCCGGCUGAAAAGCCCUCGCCUUUUGCCAAUUUGACGAGCUUCGCCAGCACCAAAUCCACUCCGGCGGCUCCCAAGGUCACGUCACCUACCACCUCCGCCAGCAGUGGCUUCGGUGGCGGUCUCUUUGACAGUCUUACCUCUCCGACUAUCCCGCCUGCCAAGCCUCAACUGCAGUCCCGUGCCGAUUCCAUCUCCAAUAGCCAUGAUUUGGGUUUCUCCAGCUUUGCCUCGGCUUCCUCGCCCAAGCCGAACCCUCCACGAUCAUCCUUCUCCAACGAUCUCUUCGGACUCUCUUCACCCCCUGCUCCUGCAGCUCCUGCAGCUGCACCGCCUAUGGCAGCGUCGCCUCAGCAGGAGCUGAAAUCCGCUUUCAACCUGAGCAGCCCGGCUCCUGCUCCUGCUUCAGCCCCAGCUCCCAAACCGGUAACCUCGACAUCCACAGCCUCUGUCGCGAGCAUGAUCCCCAACGUGGACCCGUGGGGUGGUAACGAAUGGAGCACUCCCGAACCCGCUGCCCCUGCCCCAUCCACCUCAACCAUGAUGAAGGUCCCGGACACACUGACAGCCAACGACAUUGGCGCCGGCUGGGGAGCCCCGGCCGCCCCCGCCGCAAGCUCGAAACCCGCGCCCACCGUAACCGCUGACGAAGACUUUGGCGGUUGGGCCAGUGCCGCACCUGUCCCGACUACAACCACAACAACCACGACCACGACGACCUCGAGCGCUCCCCCUAAACCGGCUGGCGGGUUUGGCGGAGCUGAUGAUCUAUUCUCUAAUGUUUGGCAAUAG